CACCAGGAAGUACACACUCUAACUUGGAAACUUUUACCAGCGUAAACCUUCUCAAGAUACCGCAGAGUGUUCUUUGAUCUAAAGAGCCGGUUGAUGGAUCAGAGCAGAGUUUGUCUUCGUUGCGGGAUACAUUGGGAUACUUCCAACGGUUUAAACACAAUCACCUGCUUCGUUUGUUUACAUGGGACAAAAGCUGACAAGCUAACGUUAGCAACCUAGCUUGGUAUAAUCGAGUCAUAUGAGCUGGUAAUUACCCAGCGACUUUGUCCUCACGAAUGUAACUUAAGGUUAGAGACAGACUCGUUGUCCUGUACACUAGAGGAGGCUUGUGUUUGGCGUUGGCAGUGUAACAAUGCGGAGCUAACGGUGAAGGUGUCGCGUUGAUUGUUUUGGUCACGGGAGGCUCCACAGCGGCUUCAUGUCAACAUGCCUUGUUCCUGUGGGAACUGGAGGAGAUGGAUCCGGCCGCUGGUCGCGGUGCUGUACAUUGUGUUGCUGUUAGUCGUGCUGCCCUUCACCGUCUGGGAGCUGCAGAAGUCAGGGGUUGGCAUUCAUAACAAAGCAUGGUUCAUCGCUGGGAUAUUUGUCUUCAUGACUAUGCCCAUAUCAUUAUGGGGCAUCCUGCAGCAUCUGGUUCACUACACUCAGCCAGAGCUUCAGAAACCCAUCAUCAGGAUAUUAUGGAUGGUCCCAAUCUACAGCUUGGACAGUUGGAUUGCAUUAAAAUACCCAAGGAUAGCAAUUUAUGUGGACACAUGCAGAGAGUGCUACGAGGCCUAUGUCAUCUACAACUUCAUGACCUUCUUGCUAAACUACCUGGAGAAUCAGUACCCCAGCCUGGUGUCGAUGCUGGAGUCCCAGGAGCAGCAGAGACACCUGCCUCCUCUGUGCUGCUGCCCGCCAUGGCCAAUGGGAGAGGUUUUGCUGUUGAGAUGCAAAUUGGGAGUGUUACAGUACACAGUUGUAAGACCCGUCACAACAGUGAUCGCUUUGAUCUGUCAGCUUUGUGGAGUGUAUGAUGAAGGCAAUUUCAGUUCAACAAAUGCAUGGACGUACCUGGUCAUCUUCAACAAUAUGUCACAGCUGUUUGCCAUGUACUGCCUGGUGCUGUUCUACAGAGCUCUGAGAGAAGAACUGGGUCCAAUCAAGCCAGUCGGCAAAUUCCUGUGUGUCAAAAUGGUGGUGUUCGUCUCUUUCUGGCAAGCUGUGUUCAUUGCUUUGCUGGUGAAAGUGGGUGUCAUCUCAAAGGAUCGUACAUGGGACUGGAAGAGUGUGGAGGCUGUAGCCACUGGCUUACAGGAUUUUAUCAUCUGUGUGGAGAUGUUCCUGGCGGCCAUUGCCCAUCACUACAGCUUCACCUACAAGCCUUACAUCCAGGAGGCCGAGGAGGGUUCUUGCUUUGACUCUUUCAUGGCGAUGUGGGACGUCUCUGAUGUCAGAGCAGACAUUUCUGAACAAGUCCGCAACGUUGGGAGAACAGUUCUGGGUCGGCCGAGGAAGUCAUACUUCGGUGAGGCUCAGGAAGAUGGAGAGCGAUCCGGCCUGCUCUCUUCGGCCUCCCAAGAUGCCAUAACAGAGGCGGUAUCCGACCCCGUGUCACCCAACGGUCAGUACCAGGGCCUCGGCAGAACCCUCACACCGCACUCUCUGUCAGCGCCGGCUGGGCUCAGCUCGGCCCCGUGGGAUGACGGACACGAGGCUGGACUUGAUGAAACCCCGGAAGAGGAAAGGACCGACCAAACCAAAGAUCCAACAGAAGCAGAUCUCAUCGUGAUCACCUAGCGUACCGUGAAGGCCGAAGUCACCAACAGACUCUAACCAGAUAUGGUUUGGCAGGAGCCAAUUACAGCCUUGCCAUUUUCCUUCAGACAUUACUAUAUUACAGGAUUAAAUAAACCAGGUGUACCAGAUGGACCUCUCAGCCAGUGACAGCUCCAAGAAUGUUCAAUGAAGGUAUGGCACAAAAUGACUUGUCGGUAAUGUGAAUUUUAUGCCAUUUUUGUUGCAUUAGGGAGCUUUAUGGCUCUGUAGGCUCUGCAGAAUGGUUUUUAAUUCAUUGUAGUUGGGAAACACUUCCCGGCAAUUUUAACAUGCGUACCAAACAGCACACUAAUCGUGUUUCUGGAGAUGAGACGCCUCACCAGUUGUGUAUCCUUUCCAGAUAGAAAAUUAUUACACUUUCAUGUCAUCUCAGUCAUAUUAUGAUCUUAGAUGUGACAGUUAGAUGGAAAAGACAAAUAUGCAACUUUCAUCGAUUUGAAAUGAGCCAUCGUAAAUGAAAAUCUACGAUAUCAAAGCACAUUAAUGUCCAGAAUCAUCCAUUUUUUUUGUCUCAGACGGAGGAAGGGGGUGAAAAGAGCAAACUUGAGAUUAAACUUUCUCAUAUGUACGUUAGAGCUAUGCCUGCUGAAUGAUGUGUCCGAACAGUGUGACCUCACCGCAGAAUCAAUAUUAAUACAAUGUAUUUACUGUAAGUACAGUCCUAGAAUUAAAACAACGUACACAAUUCAAUCAGUUACAAUCAAGAUAUUCUAAUUCAUUUCUAUUAAUGCUUAAUUGCAUUCAGCUCACUCUGAAGUGUUUCAUAGAAAUUCAUUCACUAGUCUUAUCAGAUGCCUUGUUCUAUGUGCCGUGGUCUGUCCACUACAUCAAUUCAGCAUUUAUAUACCAGGAUCGGUUUGGUGUUGUUGAGAUGUUCUCCAUCGAUUUUAGCUGGAAUUAUUUGCAGCUACUACACCUAAGCCAUGUACCUUUUCCUCCAUAGUUUUUUUUGUCUUUGUGACUUACUUGGAUUUGUGCAGGGUUAUUGACAUGUUUAAUGUACAGUGUUGGAUAUCAGUUUGUGUAAAAAAAAACAAAAAUAAAACAUAUCUAUCACAUCAA